GAAACUCCCGGAAAAGAUCUGCCACCACCGGACCAACUCGGUUCCUUCUUUUUUCUAAUCAGUUCUGUUUCUCUUCUUCUGUGAAAAGAUGUCAGAUUGACUCGAUUUCGUUGAUGCAAAUGGAGACGGGUCUUUCUUAUGUUUCUUACUAGAUUCGAAAGGGUUUAGAUAGAGAGAUUAAAGAUUGGAUCAGAAGAUGUUAAGAUCCUUAGGUCUUGGGUUGCUUUUGUUUGCUCUUCUUGCUCUGGUUUCUGGUGAUAAUGAUUACGUGAGCUGUAACUGUGACGACGAAGGUUUCUUAAGUGUCCACACCAUCUUAGAAUGUCAAAGAGUGAGUGAUCUCUUAAUCGCCAUUGCCUAUUUCUCUAUACCUCUCGAGCUUCUCUACUUCAUUAGCUUCUCCAACGUUCCUUUCAAAUGGGUUCUUGUUCAAUUCAUUGCCUUUAUUGUCCUCUGUGGAAUGACUCAUUUGCUUAACGCUUGGACGUACUACGGACCACACUCUUUCCAGCUUAUGCUUUGGCUUACCAUCUUUAAAUUCCUCACGGCGCUUGUCUCAUGUGCCACGGCGAUCACGCUCUUGACUUUGAUUCCGUUGUUGUUGAAGUGGAAAGUUAGAGAGCUUUAUUUGAAGCAGAAUGUGUUGGAGCUUAACGAAGAGGUUGGAUUGAUGAAGAGGCAGAAGGAAAUGAGUGUGCAGGUGAGAAUGCUUACUCGGGAAAUCAGGAAAUCGCUCGAUAAGCAUAUGAUUCUGCGGACUACUCUUGUCGAGCUAUCCAAGAUUCUUGAUUUACAGAACUCUGCUGUUUGGAUGCCUAACGAGAACAGAACCGAGAUGCAUUUGACUCAUGAGCUAAGAGCGAAUCCGAUGAGGAGUUUCAGGGUAAUCCCGAUUAAUGAUCCCGAUGUUGUUCAGGUUAGGGAGACCAAAGUAGUGACGAUUUUGAGGAAAAACUCUGUUCUUGCGGUUGAGAGCAGCGGUUGUGGCGGUUCGGAAGAGUUUGGACCGGUUGCUGCAAUUCGAAUGCCGAUGCUUCACGGAUUGAAUUUCAAAGGAGGAACUCCCGAGUUUGUGGAUACUCCUUAUGCUAUAAUGGUUUUGGUACUUCCGAGUGCAAAUUCACGGGUUUGGACCGAUAAAGAGAUUGAGAUAGCGGAAGUUGUUGCUGAUCAAGUAGCAGUUGCUAUCUCUCAUGCCUCAGUUCUCGAAGAAUCACAGUUAAUGAGAGAAAAACUCGGUAUUCAAAACCGAGCUUUACUUCGAGCAAAACAGAACGCGAUGAUGGCAAGUCAAGCGAGGAACACUUGCCAGAAAGUGAUGAGUCAUGGAAUGAGGAGACCAAUGCACACAAUUCUUGGUCUCCUUUCCAUGUUUCAGUCUGAAAGUAUGAGUCUUGACCAGAAAAUCAUCGUUGAUGCGCUCAUGAAAACAAGCACAGUUCUCUCUGCUUUAAUCAACGACGUGAUCGACAUUUCUCCUAAAGAUAACGGGAAAUCGGCAUUAGAGGUGAAACGUUUCCAGCUACAUUCCUUGAUAAGAGAAGCCGCUUGCGUUGCUAAAUGCUUGAGCGUUUACAAAGGUUACGGUUUUGAGAUGGAUGUUCAAACGCGGUUGCCUAAUUUAGUAGUGGGAGAUGAAAAGAGAACGUUUCAGCUUGUGAUGUAUAUGCUUGGGUAUAUCUUGGAUAUGACUGAUGGAGGCAAAACCGUUACGUUCCGAGUUAUCUCUGAAGGUACUGGAACUAGUCAGGACAAGAGCAAAAGAGAGACUGGAAUGUGGAAAUCGCAUAUGUCCGAUGAUUCCCUCGGUGUGAAAUUUGAAGUUGAGAUUAAUGAGAUUCAGAACCCUCCAUUGGAUGGUUCGGCUAUGGCAAUGAGACAUAUUCCAAACAGAAGGUAUCAUAGCAAUGGAAUUAAGGAAGGUUUGAGCUUAAACAUGUGUAGAAAACUUGCACAGAUGAUGCAAGGAAACAUAUGGAUAUCACCUAAAUCGCAUGGACAAACACAGAGUAUGCAAUUAGUUCUGAGGUUUCAGACAAGACCUUCGAUUAGGAGAUCAAUUUUAGCAGGCAAUGCUCCAGAGCUUCAACAUCCGAAUUCAAAUUCUAUUCUUCGUGGUCUAAGAAUCACUCUAGCAGAUGAUGAUGAUGUCAACAGAACCGUGACUAAGAGACUUCUUGAGAAACUCGGCUGCGAAGUGACUGCUGUCUCGUCUGGUUUUGAGUGUUUGAGUGCGUUAUCAAAUGUGGAAAUGUCAUAUAGAGUUGUGAUUUUGGAUCUGCAGAUGCCGGAAAUGGAUGGUUUCGAAGUAGCUAUGAAGAUAAGGAAGUUUUGUGGACAUCAUUGGCCAUUGAUUAUAGCUUUGACUGCGAGUACUGAAGAUCAUGUUAGGGAAAGAUGUUUGCAAAUGGGGAUGAAUGGUAUGAUUCAGAAACCGGUGCUUUUGCAUGUUAUGGCUUCUGAGCUUAGACGGGCUUUGCAGAGCGCAAGCGAGUGAAGUGAGCUCAGAGAAGGAAGCAGGAAUCAAGAAUCUUGAAAUGAAUCAAGAUUCAAGAAUCUUGAAAUGGAUCAAGAAUCAAGAAAAGCAGAGUGAGGAUUCUUUGAAGAUGUGAAGCAUAGAGACCUCUCUGGGGAAGUGUUUUUGUUGUUGUUGUCUCAGUUCUACGAUGAUGAGAAUUGAGUCAGUUUUCUCUAUUUAGCCUAGUUUGGAGAUUGGUUGGUUCGAAACUAUUUAUACGUAAUGAUUUCGCAUUUUUAGCGGAAAAUAACAUAAUUUUAAUAGA